CCCCUACCCACUGAGGAGAUGGAUGAGGAUGGGCUUCCUCUCAUGGGGUCAGGCAUAGACCUGACUAAGGUGCCAGCUAUUCAACAGAAAAGAACGGUGGCAUUUCUAAACCAAUUUGUGGUGCACACUGUACAGUUCCUCAACCCCUUUUCUGCAGUUUGUGAGGAGAAGCUGGCAGACCUUUCCCUUCGUAUCCAGCAAAUUGAAACAACUCUCAAUAUUUUAGAUGCAAAGUUGCCAUCUAUCCCAGGGCUAGAUGAUGUCAUAUUUGAAGUAUCUCCUAUAAGUAUCACUAGGAUCACAAAUGAAACACAUUCUGAAACCACUGCAGAGCAAUCACAGAACAGUUUACAGGACUCUGGACCACAGGAAAGUGAAGUAACACCAGAAAAUAUCUUAACUGUAGCCAAGGACAUAAGAUUUGCCAGAUAUCUCAAAAUGGUUCAAGUGGGUGUUCCAGUGAUGGCAAUAAGAAACAAAGUGAUAUUGGAAGGACUAGACCCAGAUCUUCUUGAGAGGCCAGAUGCCCCAGUGCCUGAUGUAGAAGGUGAAAAAAAUACAGAAGAAAGUUCAGACAGCGAAUCUUCUUUUAGUGACUAA